AGUAAAUUGGACGAGGAUCGCUGCAUACAAGCAAAAAAUGGGCUGUUGAAUAAAACCACUCUCGCCCCAAGUUUUAAGGGGAAUAUUUAGACAUUUAAACAUAAAGAUAAACUAUCGCGAUUGAAUUGAUCGGCCUUUUCCCCACGCUCGCUACUUCAUUUCGGUCGCAGAUUCAACGACAUGGGUUCCCUUCGAUUUCUCCUUUUCGCAUCGAUCGCCACUCUAGUUUCCUGUCGCGAUGUCCCCGAUAACAUCAAGGUUUUCAAACAGAGCAUCAUAAAACAAGGCUCUUGCAAUGAUACUCUCGCAGAAGGAUUCCACAGCGCCGACGGCGACGACGGCUCAUACGUCUACUGCGGCGAUCAUCUCAAAGAUUACAAUGUGAUAUAUCUACAGGGCACCAAAGGCAAGCUCGUCAACAUGGACAUCGACUGCGAUGGAGUCCAGGGCAGUUCUGCAGAUGAUGGACGCUGUGGCUCAUCAGGCGACACACAAUCUGUCACGUCUUUUCAAGACCAGCUCAAGUCGUAUGGCACGGAUCAGAAGGACCUAGAUGCCAAUAUCCAUCCUUACGUGGUGUUCGGAAACGUGGGUACGAAGAAGAACUGGCCAACUUUUGAUGCGCAAAAGCACGGCAUCAAGCCAUUGAGUGUGAUGGCUGUUGUAUGCGGCGACAAAAUGUUUUACGGCAUCUGGGGCGACGAGAAUGGCGAUGAUGGUGAUGAAGCAAUGGUCGGAGAGGCCUCCAUCUCCCUUGCAACGGCUUGCUUCGGCGAUGACAUGAACGGCGACAAUGGCCACGAUGAAGAUGAUGUAUUGUAUAUCGCCUUCCCUGGUAGCGACGCUGUGCCAGGAGAAGACGGUGCCGACUGGGACGCGAAAAACUUCAAAGACUUCGAAGAGAGUCUCGGUGGUGUUGGAGAUAAGUUGGUCGCUCGAAUCGAGGACACCGAUAGUGGUGCCUCUUGCUUGUGGCCUGGUACAUGGGGAAUGGGUCUACUCGUCGCCUCGGCUAUGGCUGCCAUGGUGGUUUGAACACGAGGGGGUGCAUGUAUAGUGGGCUUCGACGGCUCAUGAUUCUGGAGAUGUUUUGUACCACGUACAUAAUGUUUUUUAUAUGAACUGUUAAUAUUGGGAAUUGGGUUGCAUAUAGAAGAAACCAUCAUAGACAUAGAAUACCUAAUUGUAC